GUCUUCGUUUUAAUGGGAAUAUUGCUCUUUUCAGCUUUGUUUUUUUCAGUGUGAAUUCUGACAUUUAUGCUUGGGUUUCUCUGGGGGUGUUAAGGAAAGUUCCCCCACAUGUCCAUUAAAACCUUCUCAUUUCACUGGAGUUUGAAAUCCCUGUCUCCAAACACCAGUUUUCUCCCUUUUCUUCACAGAUGCUCUCCGAAUGCUCUCCCCCUCUCAUUUCUUCACUACCCACGAAGCCGUUCUCCGAAGCCAUGUGUUCCUCAACCCAUCUUGUCCCAAUCCCAUCCCUGUAACCAAAGUCCUCAUGAUCUAACACAAGCCCGGGAGUCUAUUGCAGGGUACCUCCAGCAAAUGGGGCUUUCAUUGGAGGAAUCCAUCUCUAUAGCUUCUAAUUCCCCCAAGUACACGCAAAUGCUGGUGGAUGGUGUCAAGGAACUGGAGGAAUGGAAUGCUUGGAAUAAUGGUGAAGGGGAUAAUUUGGGGUUUAAGGAAAUGGUUAUUUGUAUUGCCAAUGAGAAGGGUGAUAAUGGAAAGGUUGCCUUUUUGGAGAGUGUGGGUUUGCCUCUCUCUUCUGCCAUGGGCAUUGCGCGUUAUUUGACCUCAGAAUCUCUGCCCAGUAUAAUUCAUAAGGUUAAGUAUAUGAAGGAAAUAAUCUUUUCUGUCAGUGAUGAUAAAGGGAUUAUUGGGAAAAAUGCUCGUCGAAUGAUGAUGCACUUGUCAAUUCCUUCUGAUGAAGAUGUGCAACAAACAUUAUCCUUCUUUGAGAAGAUUGAAGCAAGACGUGGAGGUUUAGAGAUGUUGGCUUCAUUUGAUGUUUCUUUUAGAUUUCUGUUGGAAUCAUUUCCACGUCUUUUAUUGUUACCGGUGGAGUCACAUUUGGAACCUAUUGUUGAUUUUCUUGAAAAUGUCAGAGUUCCAAGGAGAUCUAUGGGAAAAGUAUUUUUGUUGUUUCCCCCCAUCUUGUUUUGCAAGAUUCAGGGCAUUAAAUCAAAAGUUUCGGCUUUUGAGAAGGUUGGUGCAGCAUAUGAAGAUAUUGGGAAAAUGUUGCUAAAAUAUCCGUGGAUACUUUCAACAAGUAUUCAAGAAAAUUAUGAGCAGAUCCUUUUGUUUUCUGAGGAAGAAAAGAUACCAAAACCGAGUGUCGAUCGAGCAAUUAGAAGCUGGCCUCAUUUAUUGGGUUGUUCUACAAGCAAGCUUAAGUUGAUGGUGGAUCAGUUUGGUGAAUUGGGUAUUAGAAACAAGAAACUUGGUCGGGUUAUUGCCAAAAGUCCCCAACUGCUAUUAAAGAAACCUCAAGAAUUUCUCCAGGUUGUUCUAUUUUUCAAAGGUCUCGGUCUUGAUCAGGAAAGUGUGGGAAAGCUACUCUCUCGCUGUCCAGAAGUUUUUUCUGCCAACAUCGAUAAAACUUUGAAGAAAAAGGUUGAAUUUCUUGCAGAGUUUGGUAUUUCCAGAGACCACCUUCCUAUCGUCAUCAAAAAAUAUCCAGAGCUUCUUGUGUCUGACGUGGAGAAAACACUGCUUCCUCGGAUUAAUUAUUUGAUGGAGAUGGGGCUGUCGAGGAGGGAGAUCACUUUUAUGGUGCGUAGGUUUUCCCCGUUACUAGGAUACAGCAUCGAGGAGGUAUUAAAACCAAAACUGGAAUUCCUUUUAAACAGCAUGGGAAAGCCAGUGAAGGAUGUGGUGAGGUAUCCAAGGUUCUUCAGUUAUUCACUGGAGAAGAGAAUAAAACCCAGAUUCUGGGUACUUAAGGGAAGGAAUAUUGAAUGCAGCUUAGAAGAAAUGUUAGGGAAAAAUGACCAAGAGUUUGCUGCUGAGUUUAUGGGAAUGCCUUUCGCUACUUUUCAAUGAAUUGUUUGAACGUUGAAGUGUUUGUAAAUUCUUGUUUUUUUGGCAGUGUUGUAAAUGUCUUAGUUAUGCAAUGGCAAGGCAAGGGGGAUCUUUUUUAUUCCA